UGCCCUGAUGGGUUCAUAUGAGGAUCAAAGCACCAUGACAGUGACAGUAAUAACACACUGGAGUAAGUAAACACUGUCAGGAGGCAGUCUGUAUCCAGUAGGACUGGUGUGCUGUUGGUGGGUGCUCAGAAAAUCAUCAUCAUCAUCAUCAUCAUUAUUAUUAUUAUUACUACUACUACUAUUAUUAUUACUAUUAUUUAUAUCAUGUCUUUAGUUUGUUCUAUUACUAUGUUCAGAUCCCACACUGUUUUAUAAAGGCACAUGUCAUUGUGGAGUCAAUGGUGACCUGUUCAAGUCCAUUUACCAACCCUAAAACACUUUCUUGAAACCAAAAAAAUGUCUUUAUUUUAUUUUUGGUUCCAGUUAUUUCCUGUUUAGUGUUCUUAGUUGGUCUUUUAUUUGGUCCUGUAGCCCAUUGAAAAAGCCGUGUUUCUUUCGCAGAGGCUGCUGUGCUUGUGUGAUGUGCACCCAUCCUCACUCAUUGCCUCAUUGCAUGCAGCAGUGCUCAACUCAGCCACAAAUUGUCGCUGUUCGCCACACCGCUGCACCUUGGCCCGCCCGUCCUCGCACCUCUUCCUCGCCCUCCCCCUUCCUUCUCUAUAUCCUAUCUUGCUCCCUUCUGUCUUUUCCUAUCUCUCCGUAGCAGCAGCACAGCGCUCCUCAGAUGCAGUGAGUGUAGCAGCAGCAGCAGCAGCAACAUCAGCAGCAUCAGCAGCAGCAACAGCAACAAUACAACCCAAACGAUGACAUUCUCACACAGACGGCUGCAGCAGACAGUUAUUUGACAACUUGCUCUCCAUCGCACACGUUGCCUCCGCCGCUCCUCGCUGUUAGUGCCCUCCGUCAACCUGCUCGCCCCUCCCAGCCCACUGGCCCUCCAGUCCAGCAGGACCAUGAUGCUCAGCAGCUCUGUGGAGGUGCCAAGCCCGGGCGGGAUGAGUGGCCUCAGUGGGCUCAGCGCGGCCGCCCGGAACGUGGUUCGCUCCUCCAGCAUUUCAGGGGCCAUGUACAACCUAGAAAAGAGUCCCAGCAGCGGAGGCCCAGACUCUGCGUCUUUAUCCGGCAACAAGAAGAGGCGUUCCAGUCUGGGCGCUAAGAUGGUGGCCAUCGUGGGCUUGUCACAGUGGAGCAAAAGCACACAGCAGCUCAACCAGCAAGAAGGUGGCACAAAGAAGCUCCGCAGCACCAUCCGGCGGAGCACAGAGACCGGCAUUGCCGUGGAAAUGAGGAGCAGAGUGACACGGCAAGGGAGCAAGGACUCCACCGACGGGAGCACCAACUCAAACAGCUCAGAUGGAACGUGAGUGUUUUGUGGACGUGCUGUUUGUAUACUGGGACCAGAGAGCCAGUUCAGUGACUUUCUGGAUGGACUAGGCCCAGCUCAGAUUGUAGGCCGACAAACAUUAGCUACACCCCCAAUGGGGGACGUCAAUGUGGGCAUGGUGGACAGAGGAGGGCAGCUGGAGGUGGAGGUCAACCAGGCCAGAGGGUUAAUCCCCAAGCCUGGCUCCAAGAACAUACCAGCAACAUACGUGAAGGUGUAUGUGCUGGAGAAUGGUGUGUGCUUGGCUAAGAAGAAAACCAAAGUAGUCAAGAGGAAUUUGGACCCAACCUACCAGCAGGGGCUGCUGUUUGAUGAGAGUCCUCAGGGCAAAGUCCUACAGGUAAUUGUUUGGGGGGAUUACGGGCGCAUGGACCACAAGUGCUUCAUGGGAAUGGCCCAGAUCCUUCUGGACGACUUGGACCUGACCGCCACAGUCGGCGGCUGGUACAAGCUCUUCCCUACCUCCUCUUUGGCAGAUCCCAGCAUCGGACCCCUCACCAGACGCCUCUCCCAGUCCUCACUGGAGAGCGCCACCAGCCCGUCAUGCACCUAAAAGCCCACACACAAACGUACGCAGGCAGAGUCAUGCAGACACGGACACUUGUACUGUAUAUACACAACCACUGUAUCUGACACGCAAGAAAGGUAGGCACACACACACACACACACGGUAAUCUGUGCAGGACGACACGUACGACAUCAUAUCUGCUCUGCCAUAAUGUCGGACAACACACUUUUACGUUCUCACCCACCAAACUACGUUUGUAUUUUGAAUAUCAUUGAGCAAAUUCAACUAUUUUAACAAAUCAUGUAGCAUUUUUUAACCCUUUCAUUCCAAUGUUUACCACCAGAACACAACACCGACGCUGCGUGCCAAGAGCCCAGAUCUCUGUGGCAUGACUCACACCAGAAUCAUUCCCCAUGCCAGUUUCUAUACUCUCUCUAUGCCAAACUAAGGGACAAAAAAAAAUUUUUUAAACCAAAGCAAUUGUUAUCGUUGUUAUUAUUACUAUAAGUAGUGAGUAAAGUAGUCUACAAUAUAAAGUAUGGAUAUGUAGCAGAGUCAAUGACUUAGAUGUAAUGCAAAAAAAAUUAAAUUUACAUUCUACACGUGUGGACUGAGAACGGAGGGCCAGUCACACACCUGGACGACAGGCUGGGACGGUCGCAUAGUGGCUAUUAUGUGAAGUGGCAGCACUGCUAUUCUAUUCUAUCAUUUUCACAGGGCAGAGUUUAUAUAUAGAUAUACAUAUAUAUAUAAAUAUAUAGUUAAAUACUUAUUUGUGUUUAUGUAUGUAUCGGCUGCAACCUGCAUGUUUGCUUGUGACUGAGGCAAGUGCUUAAGUCAUUAUUUUUUUGCUUGCCUUGACCAAUGUAUGAGGGGUUUUUAGUGCCACCUUACAUUGCAAUCUGUCCUGAUAAGAAGAGCACUGCACUGAGUAAUGGAGAAGGAUGAUGGGAGGAGGGGGCGUGGGAGGGAGGUGUGGCUUUCAACACCAUCUGCAGAAGAAGAAAAGAAACUGGCGAGCUGCACAUUUGCUGAGAAAAAUCUGCCUUCAUGCAGAGAAGGGCAGACUAUUGUACCGUUAGGCGUUCGAGGGAAAUCCAGGGGGGGUCACAGUCUGUCCCUCUCGCUCUUUCUCUCUCUGUAAACCAGCACCGAGACCUAUCUGAACUUCCUGUUGAAUUCCCUGUGUCAUCUUGCUCUUUGAUUGCUCAAGGGAGGCGGCACGGAGUUGAACAAACCACUUGUCCCUGUCUCUAGUCUGGUCAAACCACAGUCAGACCUUCAUCCGCAGACGAACAUGCACAGAUGAUUCCACCUCCCACCCUCCUGGUGUCUCCUUGUUUGCUCCUCUUCUCUGACACACCCAGAGUGUAGCAGAGAUUUUUUGUAAAUGUGUGUACGAUGUAUUUUAACCCAGAGACGUGUGUCUUUGUGAUAUCUGACUAUUUGCAGCGGUGUUACUAGCUAGCAGGGUGAUUGUUAACCUGCCAUAUAUGGUACUUUAACUUGUUUCAGGUGCAAUAUGUCGACUCUAACUGAUUUCUCAGCAGUCUUGAUUUGUAUUUCCUGUCAGGCGGUGUUUGUUUUCAAGAAGGCACUUUACUGAAAUAUGUUUAAAUACUUUACUAAAAAUUAUUAGGCCACUGUUUGAUUUUGUCUCUACGGCACUCAUCAUCGCUGCGUAUUUUAAAUGUGUGCUGCAUGGAAAAGCAGAGGUGCGGCUUCUGAUCCAUAGACUGCUUUAUAUAAAUGUGCCAUUUCUUGAGUUUUUAGUGAAACCACGACCAAAACGUCUACUGAUUUACACUGUUUUCUUUUGAAUCUUUACUCGUCCAGUACACCAGUUAUGUCUAAGAUCUGCCAAGGUCAAACUAGCCUGUUAAAAAAAACCCUGUGGUCAGGAGCUGGUUUUAGGUUUUUAUUACAGUCACACACCGUCUCUACUUUUCUAAUUUGUUUUCUGAAAAGAUUUUUCAAGGCUUUUUGUCUUCUCGGCACCUGAACCUUCAAUGGGAGUGUUGAGCUGAUCUCAGUGUUGGCUCCAGAUUUCUUCUUCACUUUGGAGUAUUUAUUGCUGGAUCCUUACUCGUAUGACUGUGUAUGAAGUACAUGUACGAACCCAUUUUAUUUUUGUUGUGGACAGCAGGCAUGUUGUAAAAAUAAGGACUUGUUUGCUUGGUAUUUGCACACACCUUGUGAUUAUAAAAACAAAACAUAGAUGACAAUUGAAGUGAAAGAACUUUGAAACACAGACAGGUGUGUUUAUAGAUCAGAGAACGUCUGUCACAAACCUAUGACCCAGUGCGACCAAAAUGAUCAACUAAAAUAGUUACCUUCCUUCUCGGUGUAGUGUGGGUGUUCUAAAUGAAGGCACAGUUUUAGCCUGUGAUGCAUAACGAACAGUGAUGUAUGAGUGAGACAUUUGAAAAGUCUAGAUAUUUAUUAGAUUCUUUUGUGUACUGCAUCACGUAAAAAUGAUGAUGAUGAUGGCUGUUCGGAUUGAGUGUUAAAACCUUUUUUUAUUCCAUCGGGACGAGUAUCAUAAGAAAAAAAAAUAGUCUCACAACAUGAUGUUUUUGUUUGAAAUUAAUGAUGAAAACACUGCAGGGCAGGAAAAAAAGGAAAGAUGGAAAUGACUAUAGCUGCAAGUAGAAAAAGACAGGGCUAAAGAGGAUAGAAUAUUAACCACAUAGUACUGAUGCUUUGAAAAACAAAGACCAACUUGUUUUACUGUUUGUUGCCUAGUCUAGAUUUUAUUUUACCGGUUCCUUGCGUGACACCCAUACGUGUGGUUGUGGCUUCCAGUUGUUUACAGGCUUUUGUGUUUGUGCCUUAUGCUAACAAACCGACCUGUAAAUUCAAAUGUUGCUUUUGUGUAAACUUGGUCAAAGGUUUCCACAUGAACUGAGGUAAACCAGGUAGUUACCUUCUGGAAUGACCGCGGUGAAUGGUUUCAGAAUAAUAUUUCACUAACUGCUUAGUGUUGCUGUAGGUGAGAAAUGAUAAAGUAUUUAAAUGUUAUUUAGUUCUUAUUCUUCAUCAGAAUCAGCUGUGUUUGCAAACAGUAGGACAAUUUGGUCUGUGUUGUGUUCUAGUGUAACCAGUGCUAUGUGUUUAAAGGAACACGGACAUGUGUUUGGACGUAGCCAGGGCUGGAUGGCUCAGCUGGAGUGUCUCUGUCUUUGUUUCUCAAACAUUCAAAGAAGAUUUGAAUGUAAAGUUCAGAAAAUUAAAAAAAAAGUUUGGAAUGUAACCCACACUCUUGCUUGUUUCCCAGUAAAACCCACGCUUUUCUACCGCUCCCUCAGUGAACUGUGUUUUGUCCUGAGUGUUCCGUCGAAAAUCUAUUUUAUUUUUUUAAGAAGAGAGGAUUUUAGAGAAGGAAGCUGCAGAGCCAGAGGAGCACUAAGGGUAAACUCUUUUGCCUUUUGACUUCAGUGAAAAUGAGGGCUUGUUCAUUUUACGAUGGCCUUAUUUGUUGUGGGAGGCGUUGCUUCAGACAUUGUAGCACACAGCUGAGAGUUUCGACAAUGGUAUUUAGCUUGAACUAUUGUACUAAAGUUCUAUAUCUGUACAUGUAUAGUUUUAUGAAUGUAUUUCUUAAUCCUUACUCUGAACUGAGGAUUGAAAAAGUCUUUGUCUCGUUUGCUAUUCUGUCUCUCGGGGACUUUCCAGGGAACUCACUGCUCUCUGCUGGUUCAGGUUAAUCCCUGCUUUGACUGUACUCUACUGUCCUGUCUUCAUUUAAAAGAACAGCUCUGCGAUGGAAAUGUGUAUAAAUUGUCUGCUGAAAUGGAUUUUUAAUUUAUAAAAAUCACCAUAACUUGUCCUGAUUAAACAACACAAAGCACUGUUGCUCGAGGUAACCGAGUACUGCAUUUAGAGUAAUUCGGUCCAAUAUACACGAUGCUUGUCCUAUUUAUUAUCUGUAACUGUAGGAAACCCCAGGGCUGUUUGUUUUUCAGCUAACAAUAAGCUCAUGCUAUUAUUACCAGUGCUACGUAACAUGAGCUGAUUUCUCCUGAGACACAAAGUGGGUGUGUACCAGUCAGUCAAACGUGACUGUAAAACAAGAAUCCAGUUGAUUUUGGAUACAAUGUGUUUUAAAAAAAAGUUGAGUCAUUUCUAGAUUUAGUUAGAUAGUUUUCUUGAUGACAAAAGCUCUGCUCACAGAAGCUGCACAAAAAUGGGAUGGAUUACUGAAGCGUCUGAACUUUAGGCUUUAGCUACCGACGGUAAUAUUAACAAAACAUGGCCAGGUUAAUAAGUGUUAAUGUCAGUUUAUAUUCAAAAUAACACCUCCAGUUCUGGCCGAAAAAAAAAAGGUGUUAGUGGAGGUGGUUGUUGUUUUCCUUCUGUAACGUGAGCUGUGUUUUUGCCUGCAGUCUGAAACAGUACUUGGUGACUUGGCACAACAGUGUUCUGUUCUGAAAUGGCUGAAUUUCUUUUUCUUUUUACACGUUUUAUGUCAUUAUACAAGCCAAUGGAAUUGUAAAUGAUUUUUUUUGUGUGUUACUUUGAGCUACAAAAUGGUGGCCAAAUGGCUGCUCUGUUGUUUUUUUUUUUUGGAUGAAGAAAAUUGGAGAAUUGAAGUGAGAUACAAAUCAACUGUCAGAUAUACUUGGUUCUAAAAGCAGCAUGGAUUUAGUCUUUUGAAAUAACAAUUAUUUUGGCAAUAACUCUUGGCUGUCUGCCCUUACUGCCGCUGGGGCUCAGUGUUGCAUUCAGCCCUAACCAAAUAAUGUUGAGUUAGAGAUAUUGUCAAGCGUUCGUAAUAAUUUUCACUCAACCAAACAUGGAGUACAUUGUAAUUUUGAUUUAUUAUUUUUUAUAUUACUUAAAGUAUUUUUUAUUUUCUUUUUGAACAAAGUAUGCAUUCCACACCUUUGCCAAUGUAGCAGGGCUCAACAAAACAGAACAGACGUCAUAACCAACAACAUCCAGCCAGCAUUAACAGGUGAGACCUGUUUGCAUGCAAAAUAAGACUUGUAUUGGUCUACCCACAGGUCCCACAGGGACUGGAAUUAGGUUUGCACGCAUGAUACUUAUGUAACCCAACGAAAAAAUUGAUACAAUUUAUUUCUAUUCUUGUUUCUUAUCUUUCAUAAUCUGCACAACCUUCCUAAGUAUUCAUUGUUUUUUUUUUUUUUUUGUUUGUUUUCCAAAUGUACGCCCAGUGUAGCUUAACUUCUCAACGACAAGGCAACCUGUAUCUUAUCAAGCUCAGCAAAGCACAACCCUGACGAAAAAAACCACAGGCCUGAUGUGAAUCCACUCUCACUUGUUCUUUGUGGUUUUGAAAUAAAAUAAUGGAGCACGGUUUUAUUUCCAAGCACAAAUGGGAGUUUGAUGUCUUGGGGAUGAAAGUACUAGAGAGUAUUUGCUGGUGUUUGUACAUUAUCGGUUGUCUUUUCCUAAACAGGCCUUAACCUUUCACCUUCCUACCCCACUGUGUUCAUUUUGAAGGGCAAAGCAUAGCAGACUGUUAGAGAAAAGGAUUUUGCAACGAAGAAAAAGGGAGCUGUAAUUUUAUACCUGUGCUUUGUAAAUGUUUUCUAUGUGCAGUAUUUGAUAAUGUAAAACUGGUAUUUUUGUGGUUUGUACGCUGCAAAAUUGAUUACUUAAGGUGCACGUAGUUUUGUAAGAAAAUUGAACCAAACUGAGGAAAAAAAAACCCAGACAAGACCAGUUUCGGAUUCAGAAGCCUGUAUCUGCAUGCCCUUUGACAUCUGGACACACAGUCAAUAAAGGUAAUUUGAACCUAAGA